AUAACCUCUGUGAUCUGUGAUGCCAAUUUUAAUGGUAUUGUGUAAAUAUUAUGUGAAAUUUUGAGUUUUUCAGUUUAUCUAUUGUGCAUUGAAACAUAAUGUUCCAUUUAUCAGUACUAGGUCCUAUGUAAAUAUUUCCGGUUAAUUAGGUGGUGGAUCAUUCUAAUAUCUUUAGCAAACAUCCUCAACAUAUCAUGGAUUUAAUCUGAAUAUUAUAUUUACAUAACGAAACCGCUGAAGUGGCGUUAAAUUUUGCAAUAUCUCUCCACUCUUUCCCUUCAUAUAUGUGCACUCCAAUGAGUGGAAUUGUCUAAUUGGAGAAAAACCCUGCAUACUCUGCUAGCAAAUUGACUAUGGACGAAGAGUUAAGCCCUAAUGACGAUUUGAGUGUCUGGGACAUAUAUGGUAAGACACCCCCCAGAACUAGGAUAUCCAGAAAAAAUCGUGAAAGGAGACAAAAAUUUUCCAUGUCUGACACACCCACCUCAAAGUAUCACGAAACACGGAACGAAUUGACUCGGAGAAACACCGUAAGCACAAUGUACGAUGAGCUGAUUGCUAAUGCUGAUAAAUCAGAUUCUGAGCAAGGUAGUAGUAAAAGGUCUAAUAAACGGCAGAUCAAGCUUCUCAGGGGUUCUGAGCGGGAUUUAAAGCUUGACAUAGCCAGUGCUCAAGCUUCAGCUCAAGGUAUACCAAUCCCAUAUAAGAAUCCUGGAGCAGCAUAUUGGCAAAAUAAUUAUGAACCUAAAACUCCUAGUUAUUCUAUUGAAAGCUGCAAGCGUUUCAUGUGCUUAAUGGGCCGGACGCUGCCAUGUGACAAAAAAUUGAAAGAAUCAGAAGAAUGCAAGCCAAGUGAUCCGAAAGUUAUAAGUCCUGUUUCCACUGCAGAAUGUCCGCAAAGUAGGGUGGAUUUUUAUCAAACGUUGAGCCUCUUAAUUAGAAUGGGCGUUGGCAAAGAAGAGAAACAUACUCGAAGAGGAAUGAGCCGAGAAGAAUCAAUUUGGCAAACUGAACUGAAAGAUCUCAUAUGGCUGGAAUUGCAAGCUUAUCAUGCUGAGAGAACGCCAAUUGAAGAAGAUGAAUAUCUUUGCUCAGCCAGAGAAUCAGUUGAGCCUCUACUGCAAAAUAUUAUGAAUUACAAAUUUGAGAGACACCACAGAAAAUAUAGCAGUCAAAAUAGCGAUAGCGGUGUAGAGGAUGAUUGUCCUGGAUGCGAUUCAGUUUAUUGCUGUUCCUGUAUGGAAGCCCAAAAUGAAGCUCUAAGAGAAAUUCAAGGCUUGAUGAGACAACUAGAGGACGCAGAGUCUUUGUUUCCAUCAUCAAAAGCUUUUGCUGAGCUGUAUCCAUUGUAUAAUAGUCCUGAAUUUGUAAGCAGGGUGAAGGCUAUAAGCCUGUGGUUCAACAUGACACAAAUGCAAAGACUGAAACUUAACAUUCUCGCACGUCUGGUGCUUUGCCUGGAAUCCAAGCCUAGAAACUGGCCAGUUAUGUCCGAUGAAAUUUCAUCUGGAUCAUCUUCGGAUAGUAACAAUAGCAUUGGCUCAUCCAUUAGCGAUGGGAGCAUUAUGAUUAAAAACGAAAUGUACAACAUCGUUCCUCUGGCUCAAUUGAUUUCAAAAAAGGACCACAACAAUAUAUCGCCGUAUCGACGGUAUAUUGAGAAUAUACUGAAAACCAGGGCAUUGUAUAAAAGCUUAUCAUUUUUGGAAGCACUUCACAAUAACGUUUUGCACAAAGUGCAGCUUACUUUAACCAAACCAAACGAUAUGGAGCUAUUUUCAAAAGUGAUCGGUGAUACUGAAGAGGACGAAUUAAUCAGAUAUGGCAGUUGGAGUCCUGAAGCAAUAGACCUCGAUUUGCCACCUUACCGCUCUAUGUUUCUGUUCCUGGUUGGUGUACCGUUAGAAGUUAUUAAAGAGUAUUUGCAAAUGAGGUUGCAACAGAAGCCUGGAAAUCCCUCACCACUCAGUGUAAGGCAACUCAUGAGGGAACUGAAAGAAGGACUGAGGAUAGCAGCAAGAGAACGCGAUCGUGUAGAUACAUAUAUAGCAGCGGUGAAAUCAGGAACCGAAACUAUGCCCGAUACUCAUAAAGAGACACUCGCAACAUUCGAAGUCUGCAUGAUGAAAGUGUUUAAAGAUUAUUUAGAAUAUCUGGAACAAUGGGUUUUGUUCCAUCAUAAUACUUUUCAGAAAAACCUCCUUGAAGAGGAGUUUAAGUUCUCUUUAUCAGUGAUGAAAUAUAUUGAAAAUGGCAACCAACUGCUUGCCAAUAAAUAUGCUCAUAUUUUAAGUAGUAUCUUGGAGAGAAUAGCUGUAAGACUGUUGGAAAAAAUUGACGAAUUCUUGGAUGAAAUCAGUAAGGAGGAUGUUAAUACUUUAAAACAAGCGAUGUUUAAUGUGUGCAGAAAGCUGCAGACUUUAUUUAAUGAUGAACGGGAAUUGAGCAUGAAAACUCUGUCAUUUACGCAAAUGGUUAAAGAGCAUUGCUUUAAGUAUGUCAGUCCUGAGGCAUCUAUAUUGUUGAAGGAUUCAAUUGUAGCAUUUAAAUGUAUUGUCCCAAAAGCCAUUGCAAAAGUACAAAGUUUCUUCGACUAUACAACACUAGACACCUUCGACGAUAUGGACAAACACGCUCUAACUAGCAGAAUCCGGGAAAUAUUAAUGCAAAUCUAUAGAUUGGGUUUUGAGUUUUAUAAGGAAAUAACUGACGGCCUACCAACUGAAUCCAGAUCAAGGCUUGUGUAUGGUAUGGUCCAUUUUGCCAAGCUGUGGAUGUGUUUUGUCACGGAAAGGUGUGAAAGAGGCAGAGGAAUGCGACCUAGAUGGGCAAAUCAAGGCAUGGAAUUUUUGUUGACUGUAUGUGAACCUGCAAAUACAAGAUAUCUUACUGACGAGGAGUUUGAGGAUCUGAAAAAAAGCAUGGACGAGUGUAUAUCUCAUUUAAUAGGAACUACUGCGCCGUCAACUCCUGAAAGCGGAUUCUACACAACAUCACCUCGAAUGGCUCUGGAGCACAUAAGAUCGAAAUCGAGAGGUUCAUCGCCCAGCCCAAGAGCGACUUAUAAAAGCCAAAGAUCGGCUCCUACAAGAAAAACCAGCGUAGAUCAACAAUCGCCCGGAACUGAAGCAUUAGAAAGCUUAAAUAGUAGUUUCACUACAAAUUCUGGUAGUUUGAGAAGAGAAGACCGAAGCAACAGUCACGUUAAAAUCAAGUUACCACCUAAAACGCAUUGUGAGCGCAUCAGAGAUGCGAUCGAAAAUUUGGAAAGUAAAAUAGAUGAAAAACUACAUAAAGAGCAGCUGAUCGGAAAUAUUUUGGAAUGUAACAAGGAUAACAGCAAUCAAGUACGCAGGAGAAAUGUUACCUUUUCAUGGCAAAGAGGUAUUAAAAUAGGGCAAGGUCGGUUUGGAAAAGUAUACACGGCGGUUAAUAAUAAUACAGGCGAAAUGAUGGCUGUUAAAGAAAUACCUUUGCAACAUAAUGAUUCGUUAACAAUCAAGCGGGUCUCCUCUGAAAUGAAGAUAUUAGAAGGCAUAUCCCAUGACAACUUAGUAAAGUAUUACGGCGUUGAAGUUUAUACAGAUAAAAUGAUGUUAUUUAUGGAAUUCUGCGCCGAGGGUACACUAGAAAAUCUCAUCAAAGCCGCAGAAAACGGACUACCCGAGUUAUUAGUUCGGAAAUACACCUAUCAGUUACUAAGCGGAGUUGCUUGCUUGCACGGGCAUGGCAUUGUUCACAGAGACAUAAAGUCAGCAAACAUAUUUUUAACACAGGAAGGGAAUCGUUUGAAAAUUGGAGAUUUUGGAUGUGCUGCGAAAAUCAAAAGCAAUUCGACAAUGCCAGGAGAGCUUCAAGGAUUUGUCGGGACUCAAGCUUAUAUGGCCCCAGAAGUGUUUACUAAAAACAUGAAUGAAGGGUAUGGGCGAGCAGCCGAUAUUUGGUCAGUUGGAUGUGUCGUUACUGAAAUGGCCUCAGGAAAGCGUCCAUGGGCUCAGUAUGAUUCCAACUACCAAAUCAUGUUCAAAGUGGGAAUGGGCCGAAGCCCUGAUCCACCCGAAAAUAUGAUAGAUGAAGGGCUGGACUUUCUGGAGCUGUGUUUUAAGCACGAUCCCAAAGAACGAGCUUCGGCUCAAGAAUUACUGGCUCAUAAUUUUGUUAAAGUUGGCGACGACUUAAUCAUAUGAAAACGUACCUUUGCAGCAUUAUCACGACAGUGAUUAGCUAUUAUUUGAUAGAGAACAAGCACAUUUAUUCACCUGUCAUUAGGUAGAGUAGACGUGAUUAGGGUUUUGGCGGCACUACUUACUGCUACGUAUUUUGCAAAUGCUUAGAUUGGCAUUUGGAUGUGAUGUAAAUUUUCGUCAGACUUAAGUACAAGUGAUAGUUUAUGUUUCACAAAACUGUUCAAAUUCGUUUGUUGUUGCUGACAAUACAACGUUUUUCUAAGCUAUAUUUUGAAGUUGUUUUAAAAAUUUCAAUAUUGAAUCAUGGUUUUGAUUGUUAUACCCAGAUGCUACAAGCUAAAGGAGUACUUGGUUUUAAACAAUGUAUAUUUGAAAUAAUUCAAAGUGCAUUGUGACUAGAAACUGCUUUGAAAUCUCGUGUGAUAUUUGUGGAAAGUGGGUCUACUUAAGGUGUAGAAUUAUAAAAAACUUUUGUAUUCAUUAUAUAAAUCUUAUUCUUCAUGAAAAAGACCGCAUGAUCUGAACCCUAAAAUGCAACCACCAAACAAUGGUUAUCGGUUGUAUAUCAUAAUUCUCAAAGAAUAUGAAAGGGAAAAGUACAUUUUUGGCCAAAAUCUAAAAUUGCUAUAAGAAAUAGUUGAUCAGAAUUGAAAAGUACCCACGCAAAUAUGCAAUUACAUCGAUCCACCGUGAAAAAUAAGGUAUUCAAAUUUUUUCGUACUUAAUAAGUAUUUAAAUUAGACAAUUGUUUAUAGGGCAUCUGAAAGAUUAUCGAGUUUCAUUCAUCAUUGUAAAUUAUUUCUUUCGGUUCAUUAUUCAUUCUAUUUAGAAUAGUAAAUUUAAAUUUUUGAAAAAAUUAUAAAACCGGAUUUUUUGUUCUUUACUUUAUAGUUUUCGAUUUUGGUAAAAGUUUUCUGACGAAAUUGUUCGUGAACCAAAUUCACAUUUUGUGAGACACCGCAAAAACUGAUAUCUGCUGGUUACAUUUUAGAUUUCAGUUCAUGCAGAUUUUUCUAAAUUACAAUUGAAAAUAGAAAAAUCUUUAUGGCUACAACUUAAAUUGAUGAUAGUUGCUCGAAAUUUAAACUUUAAAUUAGGAAGUAAGUAUGUAGGAAACGUUAAGCUCCGAUUUGAAGUUUUUAAUUGGAAAUGCGAAUAGAAUAAAAACGUCACGAAUAAUGAUCCAAGGAAGUGAUUUAAUAUUUUUCAAUGAUUUGUCAAAAAUGUUACACAUAAGUAAGCAGGAGAAUUCCUGCAAACUUUGAAAUAUUCAAAAUCUAUUUUAUUUGUGGAAUGUUUAGGUGUUGUUUAGCAAUUUACGUGCGUCUUGUCUCUGUAAUUGAAAAAUGUUAAUAAUAAGUGACUUGUUAACACAUCGAGUUUAUGCAAGCUGGCUGUAGUGUUUAAAAAAUUACAUUCGUUUAUGUCUAAUCCGAACCAAUCUGUGUUUUUUUGUUAGUGUAACUCAUUGAUUCAAUUAGAGCUUAUUUUUCGUUUCUAAUUUAAUUAAAGCUUAUUUUUAAGUGCAGCACUAAUUACAGCCUGUAUAAUUAUUAUUGUGAUAUAAUUUGUGUAUGUUAAAAUUAUAUAGUUGACUAUUUUAUUCGUUACACACAUUUUAGGCAUCAAUACAAUUAAUGUUAGUCUUGA